AUGAGAGUCGACGCUAUUACGCCUAUCCCGCACGUACCAAACUGGGUCAACGGAGCCCCAACCCCUCCCACCCCCAACCGGAUCACCGUCCUCAACCCCGCAACGGAAGCCCCCAUCGCGACCAUCGACGCAACACCCCCAGAGACCCUCGAAUCCAUCCUCACAGACUCAUGGCAAACCUUCCACACCGGGCCCUGGUCCCGCGCCGACGCAUCCGAGCGCUUCGCCGUGCUCUCCAAAGCCGCCACGCUCCUGCGCGCGCGCAUCCCCGAGUUCGUCGAGCUCGAGACCCGCCAGACCGGCCGGCCCAUCCGCGAGAUGCGCGCCCAGCUGGCCCGCGUCCCGGAAUGGCUCGAGUACUUUGCCUCGCUGGCGCGCGUCCACGAGGGCCGCGUCACCCCCUUCAAGGGUCCCGUGGUGAAUACGCUGACCCGGCUGCCGCUGGGCGUGGUCGCGCAGAUCACGCCGUACAAUCAUCCGCUGCUGAUCGCGACGAAGAAGAUUGCCGCCGCGCUGGCGGGCGGGAACGUGGUGAUUGUCAAGGCGUCGGAGCUGGCGCCGUUGUCGGUGCUGCGGCUCGGCGCGCUGUUCCAGGAGGCUGGCUUGCCGGACGGAGUGCUGCAGAUUGUGAGUGGGUUUGGCUACGAGACCGGCAAGGCUCUGUGUGAGAGUCCGAGGCUCUCGCAGAUUGAUCUGACGGGCGGGCUGGCGACCUACAAGGCCAUCGCGCCCGUCGCCGCGGCCAAUAUGAUCCCCAUCAUUGCCGAACUGGGGGGCAAAGCGCCCGUCUGCUUCUUCCCGAGUCUGGAUGUGCACAUGGCGGUCAAGGCUGCGCUGUUUGCCAGUUUUAUUGCCAGCGGCCAGACCUGCGUGACGGGGAGUCGGCUGCUCGUGCAUGCGGACCUGUACGAGUCGUUCAAGGAGCGGUUACAGAAACGGGUCCAAGCUCUGCGCGUCGGCGAUCCCACCGACGAGCGAACGCAGAUCGGAUCCGUCAUCUCUCGCGUCGCUGUGGAAAGAUGCGCCGGCUUUGUCGCACGGGCCGUGCAGGAGGGAGGCAAAGUGCUCUGCGGCGGCAAGCCGACCGCCAAUGCCGCCGGAAAGGGCUUCUUCUUUGAACCGACCAUCAUCGAAACCCGCGCCGACUCGGACCUGGCCUGCAAUGAGGUGUUCGGGCCGGUCAUUGCUCUGAUCAAGUGUGAGUCGGAAGAGGAGAUCAUCCGCGUUGCGAAUGGCACGUCCUUUGCGCUGGGGGCGUCGGUCUGGACCAACGACUUCAACCAGGCUCAUCGGGUGACGGCGAAGAUCGAGGCGGGCAUUGUCUGGGUCAAUGGACAUCAUUUGAACGACCCGUCCUCCCCCUGGGGUGGUUUCAAGGAGAGCGGGAUGGGCAAGGAGAAUGGUAUGGAGGCGUACGAGAGCUACACCAAGGUCAAGAGCACAGUGAUCAACUACGGGGUGCAACCGGUGUGGUUUGACGAUGAGAUUGAGAAUGCACGAUACGGCUAG